CCCCAAUCUUUCCUAGUUGUUCUCUUUCUAAAACUCUCCAAUUGCCAUGGACAAGGACAAGAUCCCUUUAGAUUUGGGAUUGAUCUUGUUCCUAGGGAUAAUCUCUGCCUCCCUCUGUAUUGCCUGUGAGGUCAACAAGACUAAGAGAAAUGAUCUCAAAUUGGAUAACAACCUCUGUUAUUUGUCGGGCAGUUCUGCCGCCGGACUGGGAAUUUCUGCUCUGACCUUUUUGGCCGCAGCUCACUUCUUUGGGAACAUCAUUGUUUGCCGGAAUUUCUUUCGCCGGAGAAAAAGAACCGACGAGGAUGAGCUGAUCAGUUCAGUUCCUGCCAUCAUCUUCAUGUUUCUUUCAUGGGUCAGUUUUGGGAUUGCAUUGGUGUUAAUAAGUUCAGCCACAAGCAUGAACAAAGUGCAGCCCUACGGUCAAGGAUGGCUAGACGGUGAAUGCUACCUGGUCAAGGACGGUGUCUUUGUUGGCUCGGCCAUCCUAGUCCUGUUAGCCGUUGGCUCAACAAUUCUAUCAGCUGUUGUAGCUCUAAACAUCAAGACAUGCCAAAUUGUACCCAAAUGCACAUCUUGGACCAAUCUAAAGAGGACUACUACUGUCAACAUAGAGAUUACAAACAAAAGUAGUUUCUUCAUGAAGAAACAAAGUAUACCCACCAUAGAGAACUAAAAAACAAAACACUGUAAACCAUUCUUUUAUACUUGAGAAAUAAGGAGAAUCAGGAAACAUUAAUAAAGAAAGAGCCUUCUACUUUCUCUCAUAUUUCAAACUUCAAAUAUACAGAGGGUGCUU